CACAAAGCGCAAUUCCUCUGGCCACAGAACCAAGAAGUGCCGAGCCAUUUCACGCCUCUCGUUUCUCCGAAUAUGAAGCUGCUCUUGCUGACGGCGCGUCGUGUGGCGCGUGCUGCGGCCCCCGCGGCAGCAACUGCGUUGCGUCCGUCGAUCGCUCGUCCGCUACAAAACGCCGUGUCGGCGUCAGGCGCUCGCUUCAUGAGCAACAGAACUGGCGACAAGAAGAACAGUGAUGCUUCCAAGCUUUUCGCGUCUAAGGACAGUGACAGCGACAGUGGCUCAGACUCAGAUAGCGACUCGGACAGUGAUUCAGAUGACGAACAGGUGGAGGAGGUGGAAGAGCUGCUGCCUAUCGACGAGGAGGGCAUCUCCAACGCCGAGAGACGGCGCCGUCUUGACGCUUUUUUGGCGCACAACGCCGACUACUUCGACGAGGAGCGCUGGGGCGCACAGGACGGCGAAAAAUGGUUCGGCUUCGACGGUGACAUGGACGCUGUGACCGAAGAGGGCGUCCCAACGUGGUUGCAGUCUGUGCGUAACAUGGUGAGUGUCGAGGAGGAGCGCGCGAUCCGUGCCAAGGCGGCCCGUAUCGCCUUCCACGAAGCCAAGAACAAGGUUGUGCGUGUGCGGAAGCUCGACGAAAAGGGUCGCGCCUACGGCACUGGCCGCCGCAAAACCAGCACGGCCCGUGUAUGGGUCAAGCCGGCCGCGGAGCCCUUCACGGGCCGCAUUCAGGUGAACAAGAAGGACCUGGUCGACUAUUUUGUGCGUGAUACGCAUCGUGAGGACGUGCUCAAGCCUUUCUCUGUGGUGGACAAGAUCGGCGGAUUCGACGUGUAUUGCACGGUCAAGGGAGGAGGCAUGACUGGCCAGUCCGGCGCCGUGCGUCACGGUAUCGCCCGCGCGCUGCAGAACUUCGACCCGGAGAUGCGUUCGGCCCUCAAGAAGGCGGGACUGCUCACGCGUGACCCGCGUAUGGUCGAGAGAAAGAAGGCCGGUCAGGCUAAGGCCCGUAAGAAAUUCCAGUGGGUCAAGAGAUAGAUGCAAAGGCGACAGGAGAGCGGGUUGCUGUCAGACAAGAAACAGACUGCAAGGCGAGAAGGAGACCAGGCGUUCGUGUACGUUCAGCCGUGUAUCUGCCCAACCCAAAGCAUUCGUUUGUCACUUGUUUUUUUUCCUUUAAUUGCCAUACAUAUCUGAAGUAGAGCUCAUCCUGCUCUUGUGUUUCUUACGAUGUGAUGCGCGCUACAGCGCCAUAGACGCCUCGAGCUUCCGCAGAGCUUCGAGCUCAUCUUCGUCCGCAUUGCCCACCACAUUGAUGUUGGACUCGACAGCGUGUGUAGGCACGUCUGGCAAGUUGUACUGUGCCAUCGCAGCAGGUGGCGCCGACGGGGCAGUGGCCGCUGCCGCAGCGGCUGCAAC